GAAAUCUCUGCGUUUCUAUCUUUUUGGACGGAAUUCUCUUGAGGCACCAAAAUGAGUAAAAACGGCACUGAGUUAGUUGGGCAUCACCACCGGGCGAAUCGUGUUGAACCACUGCCCGGAGUAGAGGCUACAGCUGAGCAUGGCGAUUUGUGUAUAACGGACAUGGCAGCGCCACCAGCGAUAGGAUUUGAGGGCCUUCAGGAACCUGCACAACCCUACGAAGCUAUUGGGUUGGAAGCUUACGGUGAGAGCCAACCGACCAAUGGCACGGCGCCCGACAGCAUCGAGCUCUCUGAAGGACAUAAAGAAGCAGAGCCUCUCAAUAAACCUGAAGACAAGAAAGCAGAGAAAAAGGAGGGAUCCGAUCUGUACUUCCGCGAUGGAGUGCGCCGUAUCGACUACGUCCUGGCCUACCGGAUAGGAGAAGGGGAGAAGGAUGCCAGACGAGAGCAGAAACGGACGGAAUUUGAGAAGAGCCUCAAAGAGGAAGGAAUAGAAAUUGAAAAAGAAGAUCCUCAGACACUUAUUGAGGAGGAUUCAUCUGGCGAUGGCAAGACGGUCUUUGUCAAACUUCAUGCAACAUGGAAUGUGCUCUCUCGCCAAGCUGAGACCCUGAGAGUCAAGAUGCCUAUUAAGCUCAACGACAUGGAGGAACCCUUGUCCGUUCUUAACUGCAUCAAGAAGAUUCCAACGCCCUUUGACCUCUCUGAAGAGUAUGUCAAGCCAGAGCCCAAUUAUUUCACUGCUGCAUUUAUACGGGAUCGUGAGGAUGAGUUUGUGAUGGAGGACAGAAGUACAUUCUUCAGUAUGUCUCAAAGAAACAGAAUGGUUCAUGAAAUUCUGGAGAAAUGCCGAUAUGACCCGGGCAACAAGACCAAGUUUGGCAUUGAUCACAUGAUCAAUAAUGGAUCGUAUGUCGCAGCAUACCCACUGCAUGAAGGAGAAUACAAAAGCAAGCAUUCCAUGCUGACCCACGGACCUCUGAAUGACCGUCACCUGCUGUAUGAAGAGUGGGCUCGGCCCGGUCGCUGGUACAAGAAACAACCUCUGAAUCUCAUCAGUGACUACUUUGGUGAGAAGAUCGGACUCUACUUCGCCUGGCUUGGCUUCUACACAGAGAUGUUGACCUAUUCAGCCAUCGUUGGUCUCAUUGUCUUCUUCUAUGGAUGUAUCUCAUUACCGUUUGACGGUGUUACUGAGCAGAUCUGUAAUGCCACAGACUGGAAAACAUUUACCAUGUGUCCACAAUGUGACGAGAGAUGUAGCUACUGGCUCCUUGAGACGAGCUGCUUCUACUCCCAGCUAACCUACCUCUUUGAUAACGGGGCAACUGUAUUCUUCGCUGCGUUCAUGUCCCUAUGGGCCACCAUGUUCUGUGAGUUCUGGAAACGUCGCCAGAAUGAGCUGGAUUAUGACUGGGAUCUCUUUGGCUUUGAAGACCAGGAGGAGAACUGUCGACCUCAGUUUGAAGCUCUUGCUCCAGAUAAGAGAGUCAACCCAAUUACCAAGUCGUCGGAGCCGUAUGUGAAACUGGCACGCCGUUUCCCCCGCUUCUUCGCGUCUGUAACAUCUAUUGUGUUCAUGAUAUUCCUGGUGCUCGCUGCAGUUGUUGGUGUGAUCGUUUACCGUAUCGGUAUCAAGGCAGCCGUUGCUGCAUCCAGUGCUGGUAUCAUCAGCUCCAAUGCCUCCAUUAUUACAUCCAUCACUGCUUCCUGUAUCAGCUUGGUCAUCAUCAUGAUUCUGCAGAAUCUCUAUGACCGAAUUGCAACCUGGCUGACUGAACUUGAGCUUCAUCGCACGGAGACUGAAUAUGAGGAUAGCUACACCUUCAAGAUGUACUUCUUUGCCUUUGUCAAUUACUACUCUUCAUCAUUUUAUGUGGCCUUCUUCAAGGGAAGCCUUCCAGGAAAUCCUAACAAGUACGGUCAGGUCUUCGGAUUACGCCAAGAGGAGUGUGAUCCAGCUGGAUGCUUGCAAGAAUUGUUCAUUAACUUGGCCAUUGUCAUGUGUGGCAAGCAGUUCUUCAACAACUUCAUUGAAAUCUUUCUGCCGCUGUUUUUGAACUUCUGGCGUUCCCGCACCGGGCGUAAGGAGCAGAAGGAAGGGAAGGGAUCCUAUGACCAAUGGGAGAAGGACUUUGACCGGGGUGAGCUCGGCCCCCGGGGAUUGUUCAAAGAAUACCUGGAAAUGGCCGUCCAGUUUGGUUUUGUGACCAUCUUCGUUGCGGCAUUCCCCUUGGCCCCAUUCUUUGCACUGGUCAACAAUUUGAUGGAGAUCCGUCUCGAUGCCUACAAGUUUGUCACGCAGCUGAGACGUCCAUUUGCCGCUCGAGCCCAAGAUAUCGGCGCCUGGUAUCCCAUCUUGGUUGCCAUUGGUAACAUUGCCGUCCUGUCCAAUGCUUGUGUCAUUGCGUUCACAUCUGACUUCAUUCCCCGGCAAGUUUACCUGUGGGAGAACGACCGGAACAUGGACGGAUACGUCUUGAACUCUCUGUCCCUUUUCAACACCAGCUUUUUCAUGGAUGGGUCCAUGCCAAAAAACAACACCUACCCACCAGAAGCUGGCGAUCUGGCCGGCCAGGAAGUGGAACUGUGCAGAUAUCGUGGCUUCUACACGGGACCUGACCCUCCCUACACUCUAACUCUGCAUUAUUGGCGUGUCUUUGCCAUGAGAUUAGUUCUUGUGCUAGUCUAUGAGCAUGUAAUCUUCUUGAUCAAGUUUGCCUUGGAGUACAUCGUACCUGACAUGCCUGACUUUGUCAAGAAUCAAAUCAAGAGAGAGAAUUAUUUGUCUCAACAAGCUCUUGAGGAGGCCACAAGGAAUCACAUCGUCCAGAAGAAACGUGCAAGUCAGUUCCAAGAUGGCGGAAAGGACCCGUCAACAAGCGGUCAGCCGUAAUGAUUGAAAAACUUACGUUGCAACCAGACUUUAUUCCAUAGUCCUCCAGACCAUUUUAGUCAAGUAUAGAAUUAGGACCAAUAUCUCUCUGUAUUUUUUCCUUGUACGAAAAACAUUUAAGGAAGUUAUUCAGUCGAAUGCAAAAAAAAAAAAAAUAUUACUCACGUAGUCCAGUGUAAAUUUUUUUUUUAUAUUAACUCAUGUUUGUUGAAGGAUUUUACUAUACAGGCUAUUUUUGAUAACUGUUUUAUGAUUACUAUUAUUAUGUAGGGAGCAUGGGUGAUUGUAGUCGUCGUUAAUGUUAAGUAUGGAACAGAGGCCAACAAAUAUAGUGGAAAGCCACAAGGGUCGACAAAUACAGUGAAAAGUAGAUCAAACAGAAGUUAAAAAAAAAAAAAUUUAAGAUAGUUUCCCAACUGAAGAUAGCAUUGCAGAUUCCUGUUUGGGAGAAGUAUUUUUUAUUUUUUUAAGCCCUGACAUUUCCAACUUGCAGUUCUCAGAAUUUAUUGAAACGAUCUACACUAACUCUCUCGGGAAAAGAAAGAACAAAGAAGGUCCUUUCUAACAGUGAAUAGCGUCUGAUUUAUCAUAUUUAAAAACGAGAUGGCACAAAAUGAUAUAGUCAAAAAGUAAAGAAUGCAAGAAAAAUCAAAGUCAAGUAGCAAUAUUUUUUGACGGAUAUUUGUAAAACCGUUAAAGCUAAAGAUGAUUUUGAUGAAUAACAUCUAAGAUGAAAAUUCAGUUAACAAUAUUGUUUUCAAAGAAACCUCACAGUCAACUUGUAAAAGAUUUGAUUUGAGCAAAUUCUACCUUCAUGAUCAGAGUAACCAAUUGUCCUUGAAGUCUUUAAAACACGUUUUUGAUGACAACAACUAGGAUGACCAAUAACAAAUAAUAACAAAACUCGCUUGAUAACAAAACUCGCUUGAUAACAAAACUCACUUGAUGUAGAGUAAAAUAAAUUGUUGUUCAGGUUUUCAAAACUUGUUUUGGGUAACAAACAUCCAGGAUCAACAAUCAUACAAAAUAUUAAAAAAGAAAACAUCUUGGGCAAGUGACAAUCAAUUUUUGCAUCUUCUAGUUGAUAGUCUUCUUGAUGAGAACUUAGCAUUUUUUGCAUGAUUUGAGUGCAAUCUGUGUUUUAGGUUUGGUUGGAGUAGGAUACAGAACAAACCUUGUGCUACUUUAAAGCAGUGGUCUGAUUUAUAACUUUUCAAUAUUCCAGGUGGUCUUUUUUUAAAUUGGUGCAUCUUUUUGUACAAAACGUAGUGUGCAUUAUAUAAUAAUUUGAGUGUUCAUAAAGCAUGAUGUAGAUAUAUAUGUGCAUGUUAAUAUUA